AUGCCGAUGCUGGCUGCCGUCACCUGCCUCGCGCGGCGCCGCCGCAUGCACUGCCGUGGUAGCGACACCGCGGCGGCGCUGGAGCUUGACCUGGGGUGCGACGACCACCGCCACCGCUGGCUGGAUGAGCCGGCGCCCGUCGGCAUGCCCGGCCGCGAGCACACCGGGCUGCCACGCGCGCCACUGCCGCAUGCUUCCAGGAGGCAGGGACGGCGGCGAGUCCCGCGGGACGGAGGGCCGCCGGCGCUGGGAUCCCGGCGCCGGCGUGAGACAGUGGCGGCGGGCGCCGAGCAGGCGCCGACGCAGGAGGAGGCCCGCAGCCAGCCUGGACCGGGCUCAUCAUCAGCCGCCGUGGACAUGAAGAAGGCGGCGGACGCUUGCCGCGACGCGCGCGGCGGGGAGGGGACCGCGAGCGCGCCGUCGUCGCCCGUGCUCUGCGCGGUCUGCCUCGAGGGGGUGCGGGGGCGGGGCGAGGCGGCGGAGGCGGCGACGACGACGCUGCCGUGCUCCCACUCGUACCACGCCGGCUGCGUGCUGCCGUGGCUCGCCGCGCACGGCGCCUGCCCGUGCUGCAGGGCCGCCGUGCCGUCGCCGGAGAACUAUUGCUGACUUGGAUCG